AACUCGGGUACCCAUCUAGUGUUUACUUAGCACGGUUUGUUACUGUGUGAGUGUGACACAGCAUCGCAAUCGGUGUUGACCCAAAUAAGUUGGUUUUAUUUGUAAGCAAGUGGCAUAAUUCAGCGGAUAACAUGUCAAAAAUUGUAUCUGUGGUUUCCGGUGAGGCGGAGGAGUCUGAUACAGAUGAGGAAGUCAGUUCUAAUGGAGAUGAAGGGACAACCAACGACGACACCACGGAUAGCGCUGGCGGCGGGGAGACCAAUGCCGGACUUCGCCCGUCCAAGCCCCCACGGCCGCGACCGCUGCGCACGCUGAGCGCCCAGCCCGGGGUGAUCGUACAGGGAGAAGCCUCGGAAACAGACAGCGAUGAAGAUACGAGCAUGAAACCAAAGAGAUCAGUGUCUGAUCCUAUCAGGCACGAAGGAUUACCCCCACUGAAAGUUGAGUUUUCAUCAAGAAAAAAAGACCACAGUCUGCAAUUUCCAAAGUCAGACCAACAUGACAAGCCGUCCUCUCAAAAAGAACUGCCGGCCCUGAAGUAUGACACAUUACUGCACCGCAAACUACGGGAGAGGAAUGCAUGUUUACAGACUGCACUGUAUGGUGCUGUUGCCAGUGUGUUCCAUACAUCGGCUAAGGAACUGGCUGAGGCUAACCAGUUGCUCGGCAAGUCACAGACUGUGAUUCAGGAUGUGUGCCACAAUCUUAGAGUGUUCACAACAGACCUGAAGCAGAUUGAAGAGAAGCUUGAUGCCGUUAACUCAUGUGCAAAUAUUCCCAAUAUCUGCAUCGACAAACGAGGAACAUAGGAGUGUGGAUUUGCAGGAAUGACUUCUCAAGAACUGAUUCAAAAACAAAAAGAGCCACAAUGGAAUUGCGAUUACGAUACUGCUUUUAUGUACUCAAUACAUCUCUUAGGAAGGCAAGCUCACCUCAGACGUAUAGUAAAAAAGAAAUGCAAUAUGCACCACAUUAUACA